AUGUCGACUCCCGCCCCGGCGCGGAAGCGCGCGCGCUCCGCCGCGCAGUCCGAUCAAGGUGAUGCACCUGGACGCACCAAAAAGCCGGCGCUUGUCCUGACCAUCAACAGUGGCAAGGCCUCCGGAGAAUCGACCCCUGCGCCCACUGCUCGGAGGUCCGCCGGGUCAGGCGCCUCAGCCACCGGCGGGCGCGGUCGCGCUCGGGGCCCGGCUGCUGCAGGAGGUCUGACUUCCACCCAGGCGGCGGGCGCCUCCAGCGGGGCGACCGCCGCGGCCGGGGCCGCUGCCGCCGGGCCCGCGCCGCGUGCCGUGCUGGAAACUCGCAUCCCCUCCAUUCCGCUGAUCACCGGGCCGAUGCGCUCGCUCGGGUCGCUUCUCCUCCGAACCAACUCCUUCGUGGUGCCGGCCUCCCGGCGAUCAGCCCUCCGGCGGGGGUAUGACACUGCCCGGAACGCCGAUGCGCCGGCUGAGGGCCAGGAUCCCGGGGCCCCCGGUGACCCUGCCGCCCCCGAGGCGCUUUGCGGCCUGGAUUCGAUGAAGGUCGAGCUGCCCGAGCGGGAUGCCCCCACGAGCCUGGCCGAGCAGCCGACCAGCAUGCCCAAGGUCGAAACUUCGCGGGUCGAAUGCGGUCGGGCCAAAUUCUCGCUGCAAGCUCUGGCCCUGGCACAGCCGCCGCUGCCCACCCGGACGGUUGUCAUCCACAUUGGCUCUCGACAGCUGUAUGCCGGCCAGUGCCAGAGCGUCGCCCCGCUGGCCUUCCCUCCUGUCGUUGCUUGCCCGACCUCGAGCCGGGCCACGCCAGCUGAGGAUUCGAGCUCCCUCCUCGACAGCAUUGCAACGGAUGAGUCGGCCACUUCCAUCCAGGCGGUCAUCGAGAUUGGCCUGGCUGAGCGUCAAUUGCGCGAUUUCGUCAAACUCGGCAUCCGACGCAUCAUCCAAGAGGAGAUCUCCUACAACCAGUCGGCCGGCUUUCGUGAGGUCCCGAUCGAUAGUGAUCCGGAUCCGGCGGAGUAUGUGACAGCCAUGCCCGGCCAGUCGUACUUCGGCGCGGAGGCCCUCCAACUGGACGACCAGCGCAGCCCCUGCGACCUGCGCUGGCUCUUCAAUGCCCAGGGCCGGCCGAACCUGGCGACCUACUACGACCUGGCCGCUUUGGAGGCCGGCUCGCCGGAACUCCGUGCUCUGGAGGAGCUGCUGGAUCAGAUGGACGCCUCAUUGGAACGCUUUCCCAGUCGAAGCGGCCCGUUGGCCCUGGGAGCCACCUCGCGGUCGGGUGCCACGGCCAUUGCCUCCCCCUCGGCAAGCUCACUGAACUUGGCCGCCGGCCCUGGUGGCGACCAUCCCACCGAAUCGGCCGAGGCCGUGGUCAUGACGUACCUGCCGGAGGAGGCCGGCCGUCGGCCGGCUGCCACCGGGGCCCAGGAACUGGCCGCGAUUCACCGGCGUGGCCAGGCAGCCGGGCGGUGGCUGCUCGACGCGGGUGGCUUCUUCCGCCAUGUUUUUCGCCGGGUCAUUGGCCACGAGUUGGCCGCCGGCCGCCGAGGGGGGCAUCACCCGGAAAUCAGCCCCGCCCAACUGGCCGAGCACAUGCGGACCAUCAACCUGCUGCUCAUUGUGCCCGACCAUACAACCGAAUUGGAUCUGGAUCUCUACUCGGAACUCUUCUUCAACCAACUCGGCCUGCGAGGUCUGCUCUUUCACCAGGCACGAACCCGACCUGCACCAUGUGUCUGCUCGGCUUGCGCCGCCGCAUCCGAUUCGACCCUUGAGGGCGUUUGCAGUGCCUUCGGUGCCGGGCUCUCCUCGGCGCUGGUGGUCGACAUCGGCAGCCAGUCAAUCAAGGUGUCCUGCGUGGAGGAUGGCGUGUCGCUGAAGGCCUCCCGCGUGCGCCUGGCAUAUGGCUCCGAUCAACUGGCUACUGCCUUCGCGUGGAUGCUCCAACGCCGGUCGUCUCCCCUGGCUGCGCGCAUCGCCCUCCCGGAUGGGGGCCUGCUCCGGGCCACCGGCCGCGGUGAUAUCCACUCCUUCCGCGUGUCCGUCGACCAGUACCGCAUUUUCCGCACUCUCUGCCAAAUUCGUGAAUCCUGCCAAACCCUAGAACUUGUUGAUCCCGUCAUCAAGGAGCUGUUGGACCAUGUUCGGCAUCAGGCGGCCAACACCUUUGAGAUCUCCCAUUACCUGUAUGACGAGCCCUUCAUGUCAUCAUUGGCCCUCUUCUUCCCGAAACUGCUCCCCCGGCCGACGGUGCCGACCUUGGCCGAGCGUGUGGCGGAAUUGGACCACAUUCUCGCCGGGCUACGCCUCUUGGUGGAAAGCCACCAGCUUGGCAAUUUCAGCCACGAUGCCAUUAUCAGUGCCGAAAAUGCGGCCAGCCAAUUUUCCGCCCUCUCCCUGCGUCUUUUGCUGGAGGCCCCGGGCGAGGGGCCCAUCAACUCGGCGGACGUGUCGCUGGAGUCGGCCGCCGCGGCCCUGAAAACCCAGCAGGAUAUCCUCCUGCCUGAUGCCCUUCCCCCCUUGGAUCAGGAUUCGACAAUCAUCUAUGGCGUGACGACGCUUGCGGCCGGUGCCUCUGCCACCGCGGCCUCGGCCGCCCGUGGUGCCAUCUCGCUGUCCAAUGUCACCACGGCCAUUCCCAGUGUCUCGACCAUGGUUUCGACUACCUACCGGCCGCCCGCUCCACCGAGCCAAUCGACUGAUUCGACAUCCACGGCCGCCUCUGCCGCUUCUCCUGCCACACUUGCGGCUACUCCCACCGGCUCGGCCGGCACAUCAUCCAAAAAAUCCAGCAAGGCCGAAAGCAAGACCGAUGGUGCUGAGGACCUUUUCCUGUCACUGACCAAGGCCGGCCCUGCGUCGGCCGGCGCGGCUGGCGGCACAACCGCCGCUUCCAAGAAGAAGGCAAAGGCCGUCGGGUCGGGCACCACCGGCCGCUCGGAUUCCCCCGGCCCGGGGACAUCGGCCUCUGGCACAGCCAAGGAGGGCAACGCCCCUGCCAGCCAGGCAUCCAUCUCACAAGGUGUGCUGCUGGCGCAUGGCCCCGGGCGGCAGGCAUUUGUCGGUGCCCGACUCGUUCCUCCCUCGUCGGUGGACAAUGAUCGGCCUUUGGAUCCGCUGCUGGAGCGCUUUGUUCCGCCCGGCAUGCAUGGGCUCCUUUGUGCGGACCUUUGCUCGGUGCGCCAAACGACCUCGGACCCGCUGGAUCUGGCCAUCCUAAAGUCCCUGCAAGCAGCCGGCAUUUCCGAGGAGCGUCUCGCCCGGCUGAUCGGGGCCGUGCUGAUUGUUGGAGGGACCAACGAUCAGUCCUUGAAGCACCUCGGUCGGGCGGUGACCGAUCGGCUCCGGUCACUGCUCUUGUCCCCGCCCGAGGGGCUGCUGGCGCCCGAGCCUGAUGCAUCGGCCCGCAAUGGUAUUGCCCUGCCGGAGGUGCCGGCGGCACCGCCCUCGGCCAAGCGUGGCCGUGGUAAUCAGGCCUCACAGGCCGCUGCUGCCGCUGCUGCUGCCGCCGCCGCCGCCGCCGCCGCCGCCGCCGCCGCCGCCGCCGCCGCCGCCGCCGCUGCCACGGCUGCACAGAACUUCCCCCUGACCGAGCGUGUGGCCGCCGACUUGGCCGGGCAGAUUGCCUUGGCCUCGGUGGAGAUCAACCCCGCGCACUUGGCCUGGAAGGGCGGCUCCAUCAUCGCCCGACUGGACAACAUCAACGAGCUGCCGAAUUCCUCGGCGAUCAAGCUGGCCGCCGUGGCACAGGCGGCCGAAAGUGCUGCGGCCGAGGCCGAGGCCGCUGCCGCUGCCGCCGCCACCGCAGCAGCAGCAACAGAGGGCACCUCGACCGAGAGCGCCGCGACUCCAGCUCCCCCGAUGCCCUGUGUCGCCUCCGCCCCGAAGCAGGAAGACCCCGAGCAGGAGGACUGGCCCUGCUUCGAUGGGACCGGCGACGCUUGGAUGCAUCGUGACCAGUAUCUCCUGCACCGGUUCCGGGCCAUGCGCGAGACGGCCCUCUUCGAAUUCUGGUGA